AUGGCUGCUUCCCUUCGAGCUGUUCGUGAGGCUGUCCUCGAUGGCCGCAUGCACAACAUAGUCACUCGCCGAACCCAGCUGGAGGCCGUUCAGCAAACACUGCUUGAAAAAGCCGACGCCAUUCAGGACGCCAUCCUCGCUGACACCAGUUAUGUCGCCUCCGAGGCCGCCGUGGAGUAUCUCCUCACACUAAACACCUUAAAGGAGUACCAUAAGUCUUUGAACAUCGACCGCGCACUCCAGGAAGAGUAUGCUAUUGCAAGAGGGGAGGAUGCUGCCAACCGACGGGACCCCGUGGGAAUUGUAUACAUUGUUCCAACAAGGUAUACAGUCUUCUACUCGGUCCUAGUCGCUGUCGCUGGCGCAAUUACUGCUGGUAAUUGCAUCGUUAUUGAACUGUCCAACUCUCUUCAAGCCCUUCCUGCGUUGAUCAAGAAGCUUCUGGAGUCGUCGCUUGAUCCCAGGACAAUCGCAUUUGUCUCGACUCCAGCAACGGACGAGGAUCUCGGAGCGCAACAUAUGCGGCUUCAUCAAGAUAACCACCUACCCGGGAAGGUAGUGGCUGUUGUGGAUCGCACAGCAAACAUCAACCAAGCAGCUGAGGCACUCGUAGCAGCUCGGUUCAGCUUCGGUGGCCGGUCACCCUACGCGCCCGACCUAGUCCUUGUCAAUGAAUACAUCAAGGAAGCGUUCCUAAUGGCCUUGGUGCAGGCAAGCGUGUCCUUUCUGCCGAGCGCAGGUGCAAUCCAAUCAGACGAGGGACAGCAAGGAAAAGAAGACCAAGGGGAAAGAGGGGGACUACGGAUCGUAUCAUCGCUGGGCAGAGGCAAAAUUGUGGACGCAGACAAACUAGAUCCCAAAGCGCUACCGGGUAAGCCUACUGAUGGCCGGUUGUUGGUGCAUACCGUGCGCUCGUUAGACCAUGCCAUCGAUUUGUCAAAUAUGGUCGGAAACCUUCGCGGAGCGUACGUCUUCGCUCACGAGAAGUCUGCCAAAUAUUUGGCGCAGUUCAUUAACGCGGAUGUCUCGUUUGUCAAUCACAUCCCUGUGGAAGUCCUGGUGGGACCGACUCCCCCCAAACAAGUGGCCUUCGACCGAUCAAUGCGAUAUCCUACCACGAUCUUCUCUGUUCCUCGCCCACAGUAUAUCAGCCCUACUCUGCUGUCGCAAUCAGUCGCAGAUAUUCUACGUAUCAAAUCAGCCUCAGCCUUGCGGAGUACACUGGUUUUGCAGUCGAGUGAACUGGUCUCCCCAACUCAGCGGCCCCUGGGUGGAGGCGUAGGGUUCUUUGAGCAAGGUAUUCUGACAGGGCUGGGUUUGUUCUCGAUCCCGAUACUCGCGGGGGUGAGUGCUCUGGGUUAUUGGACGUGGACUGUGGUGCAAAGGCAUGGAUCUCGCAUCUAA